AUGGCAGAGGCUAAAUUUCGCCUUCCCUCACCACUCCAAAUGAGUGAGGAUAAUUUAGCAGAUCAUUUUAGAAAAUGGAAGAGACAGCUAGAUGUUUAUAUGGAAGCCUCUGGGAACACCAGCAAGCCAGCUAAAACCCAGACAGCCAUAAUUCUGCACUGUGCAGGCCCAGAAGCCCGAGAAGUUUUUGAUCAGUUUGAAUUUGAUAAUCCUGAAGACAAGGAUGACCCGCAACAAGUACUACUUAAAUUGCAGCAGUAUUGCAACCCAAGAAGUAACGAGGUUCUGCAAAGAUAUAGAUUUUGGAACUUGCCUAUGUCAACGCCUUUCGACAAGUUUUCAACUGAAUUGAAGGCUCAGGCUGAGAAAUGCAACUUUCAAGAGAAAGACAAGAUGAUCAAAGACAAAAUUAUUUUCAGUGUUCCUCAACAUCUCAAGGAAAAGUUGUUGAGAGAACCUGAUAUCACUUUAAAGAAGACAAUCGACAUUUGCCAGGCAUACGAGCAGACUGCAAACUACCUGAGAGAAAUGAAAGGUGAACAGAAAAUUGAUAAGGUCUACAAGGGCAAGAAGCAAUCAUUUAAACUUAGUGGAGGACCAUCAAGAAAGAAGGAUGGAAGACCUACCACGAGUACGACCAGCAAAGAUGCUGAAUGCAGAUUCUGCGGGAAACGCCAUGAGCUCAACAAAGCCAAAUGCCCAGCCUGGGGGAAAACCUGUAGCAAUUGUGGAGGAAGAAACCACUUUAGGAUAAAAUGCAAGAAAAUACACUCACUUGUAGAAACAGAUGACGAAGCAUGGAUAAAUGCUGUCGGCGACGGAACAAGAAGGGCUACAGCAUGUUUGAAAAUUAACGACUGCAAGGUCAGAUUCCAGCUAGAUACGGCCGCAGACGUCAAUACAAUACAACAGAGAUUUGUUAGUAAAAAUCAAGUAACAAGAACCAGUCAUACACUCGUCAUGUGGAACGGCACUAAGACGGCACCUUUAGGAGAAACAAGAUUGUUAGUUACCAAUGAGAAGACAGGACAGACGCUCACAGUGAAAUUUACAGUUGUCAAAAACAAUCUAAACUGUCUACUUGGUUUAACGACAUGUCAAGAUUUGGGAUUAGUCACCAUCAAUCAUGACAAGUUCAUCACAAAGGUAGAAGAGGAACCAGGUCAUCUGGGAACAGCGAAUCUGAAGACAGACCCGGAGAUAAGACCACAAGUUCUGCCUUGCAGGAAGAUACAAUUUGCCCUAGAAAAAAAGGUCAAAGAAGAGUUGGACUCUCUCAUACAAAGAGGAAUCUUGGUACCCAUGACAGAACCGACAGAUUGGGUGAGUCAAAUGGCCAUCGUGGAGAAAGAAAAUGGAUCUCUACGCAUAUGCAUUGAUCCCCGUCCUUUGAAUAAAGCUCUUAAAAGGGAACACUAUAAACUCCCUACGUUGGAUGAUGUCUUACCAAAAUUUAGAGACACCAAGAUGUUCACGAAGUUGGAUGUAAAGGAAGCAUUUUGGCACAUCAAACUGGAUGAAGAGUCGAGCAAGCUCACCACGAUGAUCACACCAUUUGGUCGAGUGAGAUGGACAAGACUACCAUUUGGACUGAACGUGUCCAGCGAAAUUUUCCAGAGACACCUUGCAACCGCACUUGAAGACCUACCCGGCAUAGUGAAUGUCGCGGAUGACAUCCUCGUGAUCGGAAACGGCCUCACAAAAGAGAAAGCACAGAAAGACCAUGAUAGGAAAUAUGACCUUCUCAAGGAAAGAUGUAAAGAAAAAUGCAUCAAACUCAACCAAGAAAAAGCCAGAGAAAGACAGGAAGAAGUUAGAUUUAUGGGUCACAAGAUAGACAAAAGAGGAAUAGAACCUGAUGCUCGCAAAGUAGAAGCCAUCAUAAAGAUGCCAACCCCAAAAGAUGUUCACGACGUGAGAAGAUUUUGUGGACUGGUUCAAUACCUAGCCAAAUUCCUCGAAAAGCUCUCAGACAGAUUACAGCCUCUCAGAGAUCUGACAAGAAAAGACACACCAUUCGUCUGGUCCAAAGAAUGUCAGACAGCUUUCUCCGAAAUCAAAGAAAUGAUAGCGACGACACCAGUCUUACGAUUUUAUGAUCCAAACAAGCCUUUAGAGGUGCAAGUGGACAGCAGCAAAGACGGUUUAGGCGCAUGCCUGAUGCAGGAGGGCCAGCCGAUUGAAUUUGCUUCCAGAACGCUUUCAGAAACCGAGCAAAGAUGGGCACAGAUAGAGAAAGAGAUGAUAGCCGUCGUAUUUGGUCUUGAGAGAUUCGACCAAUACACCUUUGGGCGGAAAGUUCAUGUGACAACAGAUCACAAGCCCCUGGAAACAAUAAUAAGGAAGCCAUUGAGUGAAGCUCCGAAGCGACUUCAACGACUCAUUAUGAGAAGCAACCGCUAUGAUUUUGAUUUGACAUGGGCGAGAGGAAGCUCACUACUAAUUGCAGAUACGUUAUCGCGAGCAGUCGUCAGCAAUAUCAUUUCAUCAGAGAACGAGACGGAAGUUCAAGCAAAGAGCAACAUACCAGAUGCAAUGAUAGAGAAACUGAGGAUAGAAACGUCAAAAGAUGAGGACAUGCAAACCCUGGCAGAAACAAUCAGAACUGGGUGGCCAGACAGCAAAUCUGAACUACCACCGUCAACCAGACCAUUUUUUGACUACAGGGAAACUAUGAGUAUUGAGAAUGGGCUGAUUACAAGAGGAGAAAAAGUCCUCGUACCAAGGUCAAUGAGAGAGGAGAUAAAGAGAAGACUACAUGCAGCUCACCUAGCAACAGAGAGUAUGCUGAGGAGGGCGAGGCGGACUGUUUUUUGGCCAGGCAUGACCGCUGAAAUAAAACAAAUGGCUGACAGGUGUGAAGUUUGUCAGCACAGCAAGCCAAGAAACCAGAGAGAAACACUGGUACAACACAGUAUUGGACGAGCACCAUGGGAAAAGCUUGGAUCGGACAUUUUUGAAAUAAAAGGUAGACAGUACCUUAUUCUGGUAGACUAUUUUUUCAAUUUCAUUGAGGUCGACUAUUUGCCAACAUCGACAUCUGGAACAGUAAUUACCAAAAUGAAGUCACAGUUUGCUAGAUAUGGAGUGCCAAAAAUGCUUGUCACUGACUGUGGGUCACAGUAUACCGCUUCAACGUUCCAACAGUUCACACAACACUGGGGUAUCACUCAUGUUCGAUCAUCUCCAGGCCAUCACCAAGCCAAUGGAAAAGCUGAAUCGGCGGUAAAAAUAAUAAAAACAAUGGUGAAACGCUUUGUGCAGAAUCACGAAGAUCAAUACGAAGCACUGUUAGAACUUAGAAACACCCCAAGACAAGAUGGGACGACUCCAACGCAGAUGAUGUUUCAGAGAGAAAUACGAACGCUCUUGCCUCAAAUGAGAAAAGAAAAUUAUGUUCCAGAAAAUGACAUGAAAAGAUUAUUAGCUCCCAAGAUGAAAGUCAAGAGACAAUUUGACAGAAAGGCCAGAGAUAUGAAUCCUCUGCAAAAGCGUCAAACUAUUUAUUACCAAAACCCUGAUAAACCCGGUUGGAACGCAGGCAGAAUUAAAGAAAAGCUCAACAACAGAUCUUAUAGAAUAGAAGGAGAAACUGGCGGCACCUACGUUUGGAAUAGGGUGCAUUUGAGACCAAAAUCAACACCUUUCCACGAAAGGAAGGAUGGGCCUGACGACAACGUCAUGUUGACCCCAGCAGAAAGUCCUGCAGUAAAAGACCACAGUUUGCAAAGACGACCCAACACCACCGUUGAUCGGCCUGAUCAAGAAGUGUCAGCUCCUGACGGGUCGAGCAGAUGCAGUCCGACUGUUGUUCCCGUUGAAUCUACAAGUCAACAACCAACGACUUCAUGGCCCACAAGCUUGAAGUCAAACCUGACUCCCUGUCCAAGUCAUAACAAAGCACAAAACAAACACUACAUAACCAGAAGUGGACGCAUUGUCAAACCCAACACAAAAGACACAUGA